CCUGGCAGAUGCUACAUUUGAUGCAGUCAAUGGAGUGCCAGUCUCGGGGUUCCGGAGAAGAUGAAGAGCAGAUUUCGAAUCUGUAUGGCUACGGCAGCGACCCCAACUGGACAAGAGAAGAGUGGCUCGCGGACAAGCCAAACCUAGGCCUGGACUUCCCCAACCUCCCGUACUACCUGGACGGCGACGUCAAGCUCACCCAGAGCUUGGCCAUCCUGAGGUACCUGGGUCGCAAGCAUGGCCUCGCACCCAAGAGCGACGAGCUGCAGAGCCAAGUGGACGUUGUCGAGAUGCAGGCCCUCGACCUCAUAAGGUCCGUCGCCCGGCUUUGCUACGACUCCGGAUAUUCGGACGACAAGCUGCGUCAGUUCCUCGUAGACUCUGCCGAAAAGCUCCGGCAGUUCGAAGCACUGCUCGCGAAGAACGGUCCCUUCGCUAUUGGCGAGGAGGUAACUUACGUGGAUUUCCUGCUCUUCGAGGCCCUGGCCUUCGUCCGCGCCGUGGAGCCCAGCAACUUCAAGAAGAAUUUCCCUUCGUUAGUGCAAUACAGCGAGCGCGUGGCAGGACUUCCUGGUCUGCGCGAGUACCUGGCUUCGCCCCGUUUUAAGCCCUGGCCCUUCCUUAGCCCGCUCGGUUCGGCGCUGGGAUUACAGCAUGAGCCACCUUCUGACGAUUAAAACAAAGUUGAAGCUUUCGCUGAAAUCUUUAAACAAAUCGUAUUUUUUAAUGUAUUCUCCGCAAGAAAAAGGUCACUACCCGGAAAAGGAUUGAUGAUCGACUGGUCAAGAAACGGAAAUGUUUUACUCGCCAUGGAAACAUUACUACAACUGACGCCGCGACGUCAAAUCGCUCGUAAGUCGUCUACUUUAUACUCGUGUCUCAAAAAAGACAAAAAUAAAAAUGUCUUUUCGAAACCAUAGACGCACGAGGACGGUAAUGAUGCUUGUUGUUUAUCAAAAGGAACAGACAUUUCGCAAGAAUGCGGCUCAAAUGAAGGACAUAGAACCAAAAUAUGAUUUUUAUAGAUUACCGUUUUUUUUUUAUAGUCGACUAUUGUAUCUAAAAAAAAUAGCUUGCAGAAACCACUAUUGUUGGUUGUCUAUGAAAUGCGAUAACAUUCAUCAUAUUUACCUUUAUUUUGUUACGAGGCCAAGGUCGACGUCGAGGACGACGUCCUUGAGGGCAAGGUUAAGAUCGACGUCUAGGACAACUUCAAGGGCAUCUAGGACGACGUCGAGCGCGACUCCUUGAGUACAAAGUCAAAGACAACCUGCAGGACAACUAAGGGGGUCUCAAGAACGACCUCUAAGACAACCUUUAGGACGACCUUAAGGACUACGUCAAAGACGAUGUCGAGGACAUAUACGCUAAAUCAACGUUGCGCUGAUUUAGCGUUGAUGCGUUCUUGAUGAAUAAAUGAUUUUAAAAUCGUGA